GGGUUAAAAGAUUACAGAAAAAAUGGUGUUGGUCUUCUUCGCUCUCUCGCCGCUCUGAAACUCGCCGCCAGUGUAAGCUUGGUCCUUUUUCUUCAUCACUUGUGCUCUUAGACGUAAGUUUUCUCUAAUUCUCCAUAUCUCUGGGUCUGGUUCGAUUAGCUCAUUGGGGAAAUGAACCGUAUUGGAUUGAUAAGUGGAUCAUCCAAGGAUGUAGUGCGGAGAACGUUUGCUGCGGCAGCGAGUAAAGCCAAGAAAGGUGGGAAAGGAGGAGGAGCCAGCGACGCUCCUAAAGGUUCCAGCUUGAGCAAAGAGAUCAAAUCCACCACUGUUGUUGGUGCUAAUACCCUCAAAGACGGAUCUGAUCCCAAGAUCUUGCCUGAUUCUGAUUACCCUGAUUGGCUCUGGCAUCUCCUCGAUAAGCGCCCUGCUCUUAGUGAACUUCGGAGGAAGAACGUCGAGACUCUUCCCUACGAUGAUCUCAAGCGUUUUGUCAAGCUUGACACUCGUGCUAAAAUCAAAGACAACAACUCCGUCAAGGCCAAGAACUGAGACGCUUUCCCCAUCAAUACUCUUUUUUUUUUUUUUCUCUUGUAAGAUUCGUCUUCUCUCACCCUCUCCAUGCUCUCUCUUCCUCUUGCGCUUUUAUUUCAUCUUCUUUGUUUUGUUUGUGGAACCCUGAUGCUUGCUAAUAACUUAGAUUACUUUUCAAGUGUAUCAUGUUCUUGUAAGUUCUCAGACGCUUAUUAGAGUUUAUCCAAGAAAUUGCUGCUUCCUUUUCUCUGA